GUCCCAGCUAGUCUACACUCAGUCCUCAGCCUUACAAAACAUACUCUCGGCUUAUUUCGGCAUUGAAAAAAAAAUUUUGUUAAAAAAGUUCAGAAUGUUGCGAGUGUUGCGUCAGAAGUGUCGUUCACUCGUGGACCGUGGCAUGCCGUGCCUGGAGUCUUUGGUGAAUGCGUGUGUCCAGUUGAAGGUCGACUGGUCCAAGGCGGUUGGUCUUCCACGUCUAGCGAGUGCCGAGAGUGGUGCCGGCGGCUCAAGUGUGCUCCGCCAGCACCUGGUUCGCCGCAACUACAGCAGCAAGGCGUCCGACGACGAUUGCGGGGCGCCCAGGGAGUGCCUCACGGAGAAGGUCUCCGCAUCCAAGGGCUGUGGUCCACCCCACUUCAAGGGCACCAUCUGCGAUGCGGCCAAGGGCGGCAAGGCCAAGAAGAAGGCCGAACCCAAGGAGAAGACCAAAAAGCCGAAAGUGCCAGCCAAUAUGAGGUCCAUGUGGUACAUUCCCGGCUGCGAGUACGUGCCGAAGUGCGAUGAAGCAGUGCGACUGGACAUCCAGCACUACCGCAUCUCGGACAAGGAGGCGCGCCAGUACCAGGUGACGUGGAACGAGUGCCCCCGGCUGGUGAUCAAGCCCAAGAAGGUGUGCAUCCACUCCAAGCGCCCGCGUCCCAAGCCCUGUCGUCGCCAGCGAAAGGCGCUGGCGGCCACCGCCCGACCCUCGUUGCCCAUGCUGAAUCCCAUGGAGUGCAAAAAGCCGGAGGCCGAGUCCACCUGUCCGCACUGGACGCUGCCCUGCUGCAAGCCGGGACGCAUUCCGCCCAGCUGCCACCGGGUGCGUCGCCUAUCCGAUUGCAAGAAGCGCCCGGCUCCAUAUCCCAGCUUCUCGGAGUGCAAAAAGGAUGAACUCGCCAAGGCGCCGCCCACCGAGUGCCUGUGCCUCCAGGUGCCCAUGGCCUGCGAGAUGUGGGCGGAGCUGCGGCGGAGGAUUGCCCGGGGAAAGGGGGCGGUCCUGAAGUGCGGCGAAUUUUAGGCGGCGGCGAAAGCUCUGUCAUGCGACAACUGGCUAAAUUCAAAUCUCAUAUCUCAAAAAUAUUCUAACGAUACCAUUUCAAUCCACUCUCGAUCCCCCAACUACAAAAUUCAAAAAUGUUGCCGGAACGCGGCUGGAACUUCCUAAAGCCACUCGCCUCCCGAUUGACCAGUUGUGUCGGCUCCAAGGGCGGCUGCUCCAAGAGCAAUUCCGAAUCGACGAGCAAAUCCAAAGCAGAACCCAACUGCAAGCGUUCCGCGAAGAAGAAAAACUGCUCCAAGGUUCCAACUCCUUUUCCCAGCUACUCGGAGUGCAAGCGAAAGCCUACUGAUCCCAAGCCUUCCAAGGAGUGCGAUUGCUGGGACUUUGACAAGUGCUGAGGAGGUCCGAGAUUCUCUUCUUUCACACUUACUUUACCACAGACUGAAGACUCAAAAACACUGUAGACUGUAUCCGUUGGUGGCACUGGAAGGCUGGGUGUUUUUAUUCCAUUGCGUACUCUACUGCGUUUAUCUGGGCACUUAUUUUGAAGCUAUCCAAGUCCGAAUUUUAUCCAACGUUGAAGUAACUCACAAAAAAAAAAUAAAAUAAUGCCAUUU